GUGUUAAUAGAGGAGGGACCGGAAGUGGUAUUUUUCUUCACUGUUUAAUUAGACUCGAGUGUGAAAUUUGGAGUCGAAGUUAAACACGGAUUUUCUGUGGGAUAAACGGACAGGACCGGCUGCUAAAACGUUCCUUAUUAGAUGCCGCACUCCAGACGGUACCCACCCUCAGGGAGGGCAAGCCGCAGCAGCUACCAGGAUCGAUAUCGUGAGCGGGAUAGAGAGCGAGGGAGAAAACCUCGAAAUCGGCGCUCGCCCUCAUUCUCUUCCAGCAGUGAACCUGAUAGGAGAGGGAGAGGACACAGGCAGUUGGCCGGCUAUGCACGAUCCAGGAGCUUCGACAAUCGCUCUUCAGACCGCAGACCAUACAACAAACACUACGCUGAGAGCUAUCAUCAACAGGAGCACAGCCGGGAUCGGGACAGGGAACACAGGACGCCAAGCAACUACUGCUCCCGCGACGCAUCGCCCAGCUACGACUACCGCCGGGGCCAUGAUCGGGACCGUGAGGACUCCUACCGAAGGAAAGGCAGCAGGCGUAAGCACAAACGAAGGCGGCGUAGAACCAGGUCCUAUAGCCCAUCCUCCUCGCGGAGUGACAGCGGGACACGGGCUCUGUGUGUGAGGGACGACGAGGAGGGUCACCUGAUCUGUCGGAAUGGCGACGUCCUGCAAGAGAGAUAUGAGAUCGUCAGCACUUUGGGUGAGGGCACCUUCGGGAGGGUGAUGCAAUGUAUUGAUCAUCGAAGGGGCGGAGCUCAUGUCGCUCUGAAGAUAAUCAAAAAUGUUGAGAAGUACAAAGAGGCUGCACGGCUGGAGAUCAACGUACUGGAAAGAAUCAAUGGAAAGGAUCCUGAAAAUAAAAAUCUAUGUGUGCAGAUGUUUGACUGGUUUGACUAUCACGGGCAUAUGUGUAUCAGUUUUGAGCUGCUGGCCCUCAGCACUUUUGACUUCCUCAAAGAAAACAAUUACCUGCCCUACUCUAUCAGCCAAGUGCGUCAUAUGGCUUACCAGCUUUGCCUGGCUGUCAAGUUUUUACAUGAGAACAAACUGACCCACACAGACCUAAAACCAGAAAACAUCCUGUUCAUCAACUCUGAUUUUACAAUGACAUACAAUGUGGAGAAGAAGCGAGAUGAGCGUACUGUGAAAAGCACAGCAGUGAGGGUGGUGGAUUUUGGCAGUGCUACAUUUGACCAUGAGCACCACAGCACCAUUGUCUCAACCCGGCACUACAGAGCACCAGAAGUUAUUCUGGAAUUGGGUUGGAGUCAGCCUUGUGAUGUGUGGAGCAUUGGCUGCAUCCUCUUUGAAUACUACCUCGGCUUCACACUUUUCCAGACUCAUGACAAUCGGGAGCAUUUAGCAAUGAUGGAAAGAAUUUUGGGCCCUGUUCCUUCCCGGAUGAUUCGUAAGACUAGGAAACAAAAAUAUUUUUACCGUGGGCGCCUGGACUGGGAUGAGAACUCCUCAGCAGGAAGAUAUGUCAGAGAAAACUGCAAACCUUUACGGAGAUAUCUUCUCUCUGAAGCUGAAGAGCAUCACCAGAUGUUUGAUCUGAUAGAGGCCAUGCUGGAAUACGAGCCGGCGAAGCGCAUCUCUCUCGCUUCAGCCCUAAAGCAUCCCUUCUUUCAGAGCAACAUCAGCACUGCUGACCAGAUCGCCGGUAAAAGCUGGGAGGGAAGCCGCGACAUCAGUCGGUGACACAGAUAAACAAACAUCUCUAUCUUGCACCAACAUCUCCGAGGACUCGCAUGCCAAAAGAGUUGGAGCCGAACUGACCUUUUAUACAAAGUUUUGCAGUUCAAGAGAAAUAAAACAUUUUAUGGCUGGUCGACUGGCAGAGUUCUGCAUUUAUCGAUCAUCUUCCUAUAAUGUGAGAACAACCUCUUGUUGUUAGGAGAAUAAGAGAACAUGGCUUAUAGAAGUUCCCAUAAACUGUCGUGCUUGUAGCCGAUUUUUUUAUUGGACAUUUCAAGGGAUUGCUGAAUGGUUAUGCCCUCUUUGGCAGGAAUUCAGUUCUUCCAGUGAACAGACAGUUUUGGCUAGUGAUUCUUUUGGACAGCUAUAGGCUGAGGGACAGUGGUUCGAAUCAUCUUAUUAGUCUGACACUCCUUAGAAAAUAACUGAGAGACCAUCAAAGCAAGCAUUAUAUCUGUUACAAUCUAGUUAUUUAUUGGGUGGAUCCAUUUUCUGCAUUUUAGCCCUUAGCUGAUUAAAACAAAAAAUGCAAAUGCAUUACAACCCACACAAUUAUUGUAUUCGAUAUUCAAACCAAGUAACAGAGCACGCAUUGUUCUGUUCUUCCUGUCCAUCGCACACAUUUACAGUAUUUAUUUAGUUCUAACUGUCUAUCUUUUUGUGACUUUGUAUGAAAUUUAAUGUAUAAAUGUGUAAAUAUGAAUAAAUAUGUUGUGACUAUAGAAUAAAGGCCCUGUCUGUCUGCCUGCUGUGAAAAUGUUUUCACGGCAGCUCCCCGGGCAACAUAUUUUUACAAUCACAAGGUUCUUGUCGCGCAUUCAUUUUCAGGUUGUUGUUUUUUUGUUUCAUAACAUUAUCAUUUUACAAAGUAUGCCAUAUUGGAGAGCAUCAUGAAACACUUUUUUUUUUAGAGGAGGAAAAUGCUGUUCCAGUAUGGUUGAGGCAUAGACAUAGCGAAAUCAGUGUGUUUUAAAAAAAACAUAUUAGUGUGGAUGUGACCUGUGUUACCACCUAGCAACGCGCUAAUACCCACUCAGGAUUCCUUGGGAAACUCAUGACAACAUCCUGGCACUGGUGGGGAGUUUUAAAUGAGCAUGCACCAUUCACGUUUAUUUCUGAAAAUGUAAAAGUCUUCGUAGAAACUGUAUGAAAACCAUGCCAAGAGCCUAUACAUCGAUCAACCGCAACAUUAAAACCACCUGCCUAAUAUUGUGUAGGUCCCCUCGUGCUGCCAAUACGGCGCUAACCUGCAUCUAAGAACAGCAUUCAGAGAUUAUAUACUUCUCACCACAAUUGUACAGAGCGGUUAUCUGAGUUACCAUAGACUUUGCCAGUUCUAACCAGUCUCCCCAUUCUCAACAAGGCAUAUCCAUCCACAGAACUGCCGCUCACUGGAUGUUUUUUGUUUUUGACACCAUUCUGAGUAAAUUCUAGAGAUUUGGCAUUGUUUUGUCAGCAUGAGGGGGACCUACACAAUAUUAGGCAGGUGGUUUUAAUGUUGUGGCUGAUCGGUGUGUAAUGUUUUCAGGAAUCUGAGUGAUGAGUUCACAGAAUUAAUUCCAGUAUUUCUUUAGACUUCGUGGCCCUCGUUGUUGGCCCUCCUUUACUCAUUCAUGGCCAAAAGACACUGCAGCUUAGCAUUUAGGCAAUUACAGUAAAGCUCUUCUAAAAGCACCCUUUCUGAGAUCACUCAUCAAGCUUUAUUUAGAAUGGAUCUCUCAGCCAGACCUUUUCAAAUACAGUGAUUUCAUGCUAUGGUGUUUUGAGACCGUAUAGACUACAUUUACCCAAUUUAAUGGGUCUUAAUGUGUUUAAACUAGGGCUGGGAAAUUUAACAUGUUUAUGCAAUUAAUAGUUGACAGUUUAAUGUGUUUAAAAAUAAUAAUAAUGCAGUAUAAAGUUUUUGUGUUUGUUUUAUUUCACUCUUUGAAACUUCACUUCAAUGAUUUUCCCCACUUCCUGUUGCUAAAAUUACUAUAACAUUUUCAAAGGUACACGCUCGACUGCACAUCCUAGCACAGAAACGGAUUGUGUGGAGCAGUGCACACUGAUUCAUUACACUCAACGCACGUACCGGGCAUAAUAAACACAGGUGUGGAUUUAUUGUAUGAAGAAAGGAGACUUAACCCGCAAGCGGUGAGCCAGGUGUGGGAGAAAUACGGGCAAGCAGUGUCAAAAGCGAAACCGCACAAAACCUUCAUGGUGUGUGCCAUAGGGACUGAACAGGCAGCCAGAGAAAACAACAGUUUUGAGAUUUUAAACUUCAGCAAAUUAAGCUUAAGCCAUUACAUUUGUUUUAUAUUUGUAUGUAUAGACUUAUAAUGCAUUGGCAAUGUACACUUACGUUUAUCUUGGCAAUAAAGCUUUAUGAAUUGAA